CUAUUAUGAGCGAAACGGGAGCAAACGGCGCGUGAGCGGGCCAUGACGGCGACGUUAGAAGCGAGAGAAGACGACUGGGGAAAGCCGGAGGCGCUAAAUGACGAAACUACCCCCGUCGCCGCCAUGCCUGCUCUCCGGCUGCCGGCGGACCUCAUCGGCCGUGUCUUCUCGCAGCUCGACUGCGUCGAUCUCCUCAGCUGCUCCCUCGUCUGCAAGAAAUGGUGCAUAGACGCUUCGGAGAUAAGGGAGGGAUGGAAGAAUGAAUAUAUAGAAGCAUGGAAGUUGUAUGGAUUGGGUAUUAAACGUGAUAUCCAUCCACCAUCUUCCGCUUGUUUGAUAAGAGGUGCGCAUAGUUGGUGCCCUUGAUUUUCUGCUUGCCGUUCUUCAUAUUAUCAUCUCAUUAUUACUAUGUAGUUGAUUAUAUUAUGUUCAUUAAUUAUGAUAAAUCAAAUUAUGUAUCAAGGGCACAUGACAUAAGCAUGUCUUUGCUCAACACAUUUAUAUUUCAGAUCUUGCAGUCUAUCGGUGUUAUAAUGGGAUUAUUUUAA